AGAAGAGAUUUUUAUUGGGUGUAACUGUUUGUCUUUCUUCUUGAAUUUUAAACUUUUAUGUUGAAACCGGAAAAUGUCCCGGAAAAGCAGUGAGGUAAGGAAAACUCUUUUGAGAAAUACAGAGCAACCGCUGAAGCCCCUAAAUGUCCGGAAGAGUGAGAACUUUGUCCGGAAGGAAGCUGAAAAGCCGGAAAAGUCUUCUGGAGUGCGCUCCGCUGUGCAGAGUAGAAGAAGUGCUCCUGCCCAGAUUCCCCAGAAGACUUCCGAAUCGGGCAACAGAUUCAAGAAGCCAGAGCUUAAUACUGCCCUUGUGAUGAGACAGCGAAUGGAGGCGACUGCCAAGGAGAAAGCUGAGAAAAUCAAUGUUGAUCCUGCUGUUGUUGCUUCCUCGAAGGAAGAGGUCUAUAAGAAGCUAAACUUCAAUCGCUUUACUAGAGUCUACAAGAAUCUCGUACCUGUUAAUGUUAAUGAUGUCUCUCUUGCCGAGGAGAAAAAGCUCUCCCGGAAGAAAGAUCCUGCCAAGAAGCCAAGAGACCCUGUGCCCAAUUUAGAGGAUUUUAUGAAACCCAUCCCACCGUUAAAUGUUCCCCUUCACUUCAACACUGAACCAAUUAAGAUUCGACCCAUCAAACCAGAAUUGAAGGAGGUCAAUCAGCAGCUUCACAUGCAGAACCUGAAGAUGAUGAAGCAUUUUGGAGUCCUGUAGUACUACUCACCUGACCUGACCACUUAAUGUCCUGUUCUACUGUCACAGAAUUUUACAAAAAAAAAAUA